CUUCAGUCUGAGUCCUGCUCCGUGAUGCAGCUUCAGCAGAUCUGGCACAAGGUUUUUCUGUGGCCACGACACUGUGACAUCACUUAACAUGGUCAUCUCGGUCCUGUCGGAAACUGGUUGUCAAAGAAAAAGUUAGAAACUUUAGAAAACGGUGUUUGGAAGGGGGAGGGGCUUGUACAACCAGCUGCAAGAGUCAGUCUCUGGCCGUUUCUCAAUAUCGGAGUACCACGAGUGGCCACCAUGACACAUUUGUCUUCAAGGCAGAGGGGGCGGGGCUAGAUCCAGUUCUUAUAAACAUGGCGACCACGGAAGUAGAGCGUAGUCGAGGUCAGCUUGCUGCUAUGUCCAUCGCAGCAGUGGUCAUCAUCGUGGGAGUCCCUCUGUGGUGGCGAACGACUGAGACGUACCGCGCGUGGUUGCCUGUCACUCAGAUAACAGAAUUGGCAAAGCUACAGCUUCAGUUGAGUGCGGAUGUGGAGGUGGUGUUUGCCCGUGGCACCGUGACACCAGAGCAGCAGAAGAAGUUCCCGCUGACGCAGACACAGGAUGAGGAACACGAAGUAGAUGAAAAUACAGCUUUGAGGUACAGAUAUGAGACAAAGUACCGCACAGCAACAAUCAUGGAGGAGGAUGCCCUGAACCAGCCCACUGCUGCAGAGGCAGAUCUGUCUCUGCACACACUCAGUGAGAGUCCAUGUGGUUCCUUGGUUGUGUAUGUGGUCCCAGAGUCGUCUUCACUGCUGCCUCAGGAUGUUGAUGUGUAUAUUGGUCAGAGACGGACAGCAUUGCUCCGUCUUGGUGCUCAGAUGAGAGUGGGCCGGAAUCUCGAGCAACUGCUGGCUCACAUGGAGCCUCGUAUCAAGCAAGUCCUGAAGGUGAUGUCUUUUAGUCACACUGACAUUACUGCUGCUCUCAGCGACAGAAUCCGCCUCAGCCCUGGUAACAAGGAGACCAUCGCUGAUAGCAUGAGGGCCUUUAAAUCCAGCCCAGGUUAUGAGAUAACGUUCAGUCUCUUGAAUCCAGACCCAAAGUCCCAUCGGCUUCACUGGGACGUAGAAGGUGCCGUGCGGACCUACAUCCAACCCCUGCUCACAAAACUGUCGCCUGUAGCCAACUUUAGCAUCGACUCCCAGACCUUGUACUAUGCCAUGCUUGGAGUCAACCCUCGCUUUGACAGUAGCCGCAGCUCUUACACACUGAACGCUGACAGCCUCGCUCAUGUCAUCAACCCUGUGGAAGCUCGACUCGGCUCUAAUGCUGCGUCUUCCAACCCGGUGUUGAAUUUCCUGCUAUACGUCCCGGAUGCUCUUCAUUCACCUCUUUACAUCCUGGACCACAAGAAAGAAGAAGUGUCUUCCAACGCGUUUCACUCUCCUCGUUGGGGUGGAAUCAUGGUUUAUAAUGUUCAUGAUUUAUAUGGACCACAGUCUGCGUUCCCUGCUAACAUUAACAUCAAUAUGGCCAAAGUUAUGGGAGUCUUCCUGGCUCAGCUACGACUGUUGCUCGGUGUUCAGGCGUCCUCGCCUCCUCCAGGCUUCCUGAUGGCACCGUGUGGCAGCACAGGGCUGGCAGACUGGGAGCUGGAUCGCCUCAUGUGGAGUCGAAGUGUAGAAAAUGUUGCAACAGCAACCACCACCAUCACAUCACUGGCACAGCUGCUUGACCAGAUUGGCACCAUUGUUAUAAAUGACAACAUAGCUGAACAGGUGUCCAGUGCUGUCACGUCUUUGCAGUUGGCUGUGGCCGAGUUAGAGGCCGGGAACCUGGGCUUCGCUCUGCAGUACAGCAAAGAGGCCAUCUUGGCCUCAGAGAGAGCCUUCUUCGACCCCUCUCUCCUCCACCUCCUCUACUUCCCCGAUGACCAGAAGUUUGCCAUCUACAUACCACUCUUCCUGCCCAUGUGUGUGCCUAUUCUGCUGUCGGUGCUCAAGAUGGUGUCUGAAGCCAGACAGAGACGCAGAGACAAACAAGCCAAGAAGGACUGAGAGAUACAUAAGAAGAUAAAGAUGUGACAAACAUGAGAGAUAAAGUAAUCCUCUGUGAAGGCAGCUCAGUGUGCUCAGGUUCCCGCUGUGUGUCCAUAGUCUGUCUCAUUAACAAUCCACACCAACACUGAAGUGUAAUAAUGUCGUUCAUGGACCAUAAUCUACAUGCUUUGUUUUUUUGAGUUCUUCUGCUACAAACACACAAACUGACAAAUGCUGCCAAAAACAAACUGUUGUGAUUGGCCUUUGACAUUGAAGUGGAACAGUAACAUUUGCUGCCUUUGGUGUCUGGGCUUUAAGAAUCACUUCUGUAUGAUUUUUUUAUGAUGUUUAUCAUUAGUAAUGAAAGAAUGCACUGUACUUUACUAAACACUUGAACUGUUGUAAAUGUGUAUAUGUUUUAUUUGAAUGACACUUUUUAAGUUAUGAGCAAAUAAAGAAGGUUUAAGUUGUGA